GUGUUAGCAAAUGUUGAUUGAUGAUGACACAAUUGUUUGGGUUACAGGCUACGUUUCAACUCUUCAACAAGAUAUAAAAAAUCAGUUAUCAAUCAUAUCAGGGGAAAGAGUUAAGCAUAUGGCAGAGAUUAUAUAUGGAAUUCGAAUUAUCAAAAUGUAUGCAUGGGAAAUACCGUUUGAAAAAAUAAUGAGUAAAAUUAGGGAUUGCGAGUUACAAAUACUUUCAAAGUUAGCGUAUCUACGAUGCUUUUCAACAUCAACAUUAUUCUGCUCAGAAAUAAUAGCAGUUUUUCUGACUUUAACUACUAAUGUUCUAUUAGGAAAUAAAAUAGAAAGUCAUGCUGUAUUUGUUGUGGUAUUAAUAUUUUUCAGUAUACUACAAUAUACAAUAUAUUUUUUACCAGAAGCCAUUGAAAGAUAUAUCAAUUUCAAAUCAUCUAUUGAACGGAUAGAAACGUUUCUAACUUUAGAAGAGAAAGAAGAGCAAUUGAAAAUAAUUAGCUGUAUCAAGGGAAGUAGAAAACCAGGAACUGUAUAUGUUAAAGACGUUAGUGCCAAAUGGGCGAAGCAAACUGUAUUACAAGAUCUCAGUUUGAAGAUUAGAAAUGGAAGUCUCUGUUGCAUUGUAGGGCCACCAAGUUCUGGAAAAACAUCCUUUUUGUCUCUUGUUCUAAAAGAAAUUACACCACAGUGUGGGAGAGUUGAAGUUGUUGGAUCCAUUUCAUAUGCAAGUCAGAAGCCAUGGUUAUUUCAAUCGACAGUCAAAAACAACAUACUUUUUGGUCUUCCAUAUAACAGGCACAAAUAUCGUGAAGUUACUCGGAUUUGUGAUUUGGAUGUUGAAUAUCAAAAGUUGCCACUAGGAGAUAGAACGUUAACUUCGGAGAGGAGAGUCUCCGAAAAUUCUAUUCUCAAAGAAAAAAUUAAUAUAGCAAGAACAAUUUAUAGAGAUGCUGAUAUCUAUAUUUUUGAUGAUUGUUGUGUUUCGAUAGAUUCCGAAACUGAAAAGUUCAUAUUUUUAGAGUGUUUCAAUGAAUAUUUGAAAAAUAAAACCAGAAUAUUUGUUACAAGAAAAUUAUAUUUGGCAAGAGAAGCAAGUCUUGUUGUUGUUUUUAAUAACGGCAAUAUAUGUAAAAAAAUAGAUGGGGAUGAUUUGAAGGAAGAAAAUUUCGACUUUUUGAAUUCAGAAGUAAGCAAAGAGGAAAAUCUUUGCACUUCUCCAGGCUGGAAACAAUUUUUAGAAAAAACUGAGUUGAAUAUGCACGAAAAGGAAGAAGAAUUCACGAAUAUCGAAAAUAAACGAAAAUGCUAUAGAACUAUUGCAGAUUUCUUAAGAACAUCAGAAAAAAAGUUCAUAUUUGAAAUUGUGAUUGUUUUUAUGGUAAUUACACAAUUGACUGCGAAUAUUUCUGAUCUAUUGCUCCUAGAAUGGAUGAAUCAUUCGAUCAAUGAGACAUAUUUCUACCAGGCCGAUAACAAUUAUGUUCAGUUAAACGAAUCUUCAACAAUAAUUAUAUUAUAUCAUAAACUUGUUCAUGAUAUAUUCCACGGAAUUUCCUUGAAUCAAGAAAAAUCAGAUAUUAAUUUUGAGUCAACAAUACUGAAAAGUAGCCGCGAUGAUUUCUACAUUUGCUUUUAUGCGGGGUUCAUUUCUAUUUGCAUCAUUUUCACUGCUGUAAAGACUCUUCUGUUUCAUACACUCUGUAUGAAAGCAUCAAGAGGAUUGCACCGUAAAAUGUUUGAAAACAUUUUGUUCUCUCCUAUAAAGUUUUUCGAAAAUUUUCCUGCAGGUAAAAUUUUGCAGAGAUUCUCCAAGGAUUUGAACGUUAUAAACGAGUUAUCGCCCAAAGUUUUUAUUACUCUACAAAUGUUUGCUGCAGUAUUUGGUGCUUUUCUGCUAAUAGCAUAUGCUAUACCAACAAUGAUUUUACCAAUUAUUCUCAUUACGAUAUUAGGCUAUCUUUUGGCUUCAUGUUUUCUCAUCACAAAUCGAGGUUUACAGAGGCUUGAAAAAAACUCACAAGUGGCCGUAGAGUAUUUUUUGGCCACGUCCUUUUAUGGAGUUUCCAAUAUUCGAAGUGCUGGAGCAGAACAAUUCAUUACAGAGGUUUUUGAGAGUUUGCUUGAUCAACACACCAGCGUUUAUUCUUUAAUUCUAAUGACGAGUGAAUAUAUUUGUUUCUAUUUGGACUUUUUUACCGUGUUGUUCUUAGCAGUUGUUACAUUUUUCAAUAUUUCAGUUGGAAUGAAUAACUCUCACAGUGGUUAUAUAGGAUUACCAAUUACGCAGGCGAUAAUAUUAACAGAGUUACUACAUGUAGGAAUCAGAGAAACUAUUGAAGUAUUAGGUAAACUUCCCUCUCUUGAAAGAAAUCUGAUGUAUACAAAGUUGAUAACCGAGAAAGUUGAUGAAGCUACUUUAAUUCCGAAGAGUUGGCCUUAUUGUGGAAAAAUAGUUUGCAAAAACGUUUAUAUUAAAGAAAAUGAUGGUCGUGGCUCUCGCCUUAAGAAUCUAAAUAUUGCAGUCAAACCCGUAGAAAAAAUUGCAGUUGUCAGCCGAAACUCUGAAGAAAAAUGGGCUCUAGUGAAUUGUCUUUAUCGUUUAGUUAAAGUAGAGGGUCUAAUAACACUCGAUGAUGUUGAUACGAGUCAAAUAAGUUUGAAUAAAUUGAGGUCGUCAGUUACUAUAAUAACACAAGAGCCUAUAUUAUUCUCGUCAUCAGUGAGAUUCAAUUUGGAUCCACUGGAGUGUGCCAGUGACGACAUCUUAUGGAGGGUAUUGGAAGAGGUUGGAAUGAAAACUAGUAUUCAAAGUCUAUCUCAACCAAUUAUAGAUGGAGGAAUCAAUUUCAGUUACGGUCAAAGACAGUUACUUUGUUUAGCAAGAGCUAUACUUAGGAAUACAAAAGUUGUCAUAAUAGACACUAGUCCAAACAAUCUUGAUCCAAAUACUUACAGCUUGAUGCAGAAAAUUAUCAAAGAAAAAUUCCGAAAUUGCACAGUGAUAACCCUAGCUAAUAAUUUAUCAUCAGUUAUGGAUACUAGUAGAAUUUUAGUACUCGAAGAAGGGAACGAAGUAGGAUACGCCCAUGCUAACGAGCUACUUCAGAAUCAAGAAAGUAAUUUUUCCAAGAUUGUUAAAGAAGCUGGACCAGCUAAGGAAGCGAUAUUGAGAAAACUUGCGAAAGAUUAUUUUGAUCUCAGAAACCUUGGCAUAGAAUUCAAAUUCUCCCCAAAAUAAAAAAAUUAUCACAGA